AGGUUCCUACUAAUCCCAAACACCCCCCCACCCCCAAAAGAAGGGUCCAUGAUUUUCAAAAAAACACCCCAAAUCAUUUCCUGUUAUUCCAUCUAUGUCCCAUGAUUCAGAAUCCUCUCCUUCCUCCAGCAGGGACUGGUUCUUCCCUUCCCCUUCCUUCAUCCACUCCACUUCCCACCCUUCACAAUCCCCAAAUUACCCCCGAAGGUGGACCACAAUCCCCAGGCAUUCCCCCCCUUCUCCUCCUGAUUGGAAGCCUUCUAAAACGCCGACGUUUCGAAGCGUUUCGUUGUCCGAUUCCGCCCCCUAUGGAGACCGCAAGUACAGUCGGAUUCGCCGCAGAGUCGACUUCACUCGUAGGAGCGAGAAAUCGUCGAAACAAGAAGAAGACGGCGCCGUUUUGGAGCAGAAACGGGGCGUUUCUAAUGCCGUCUCGGGUGGAAAACAAAACGUUUUGAGUGACAAAACGGCGUCCGGUGAAAUGGGUAUCCGGAUUGCCUGUCAACGGAUCAAAGUCCGGUGGAAGAUGGCGUUUUCUAUAGCUAUUUUAAUCACAGCUUUUGGUUCUUUGGUCCACAAGAAUUUCUCUUUACAUAACCGAGUCAUCGAAUUGCAGGACCAAAUUUCGAAUCUGAAUAUCAGAUUACAAGCUUGCAAUUUGUUGGACUCUGUAGAUACUAAUACUAUGUUGCAAGAGAGUGAUCAUCUUUCAAGUAAAGGCUUAAAGAUUCUAGCUCUGAUUGUCUCACUCGCGCUGCUAUCCAUACCUAUUUUUAUUUUCAAGUAUAUUGACCAUGUAUCUAAGUUGAGAUCCUCAGAAAACUCUUCUGAAAAGGUUUCUCUUAAUAAGCAACUUGAAUAUCGGGUAGAUGUCUUUUUAUCAGUUCAUCCAUAUGCUAAGCCACUUGCUUUAUUGGUUGCUACUCUAAUGCUUAUUUGUCUCGGAGGUUUGGCACUCUUUGGCGUCACUGAUGAUAGCUUAGCAGAUUGCCUUUGGUUAUCUUGGACUUUUGUUGCUGAUUCAGGUAACCAUGCCAACUCUGAAGGUAUCGGUCCCAGAUUAGUUUCUGUUUCUAUUAGCUUUGGUGGGAUGCUUAUAUUUGCAAUGAUGCUCGGGCUUGUUUCUGAUGCAAUUUCUGAGAAGUUUGAUUCGUUGAGGAAAGGAAGAAGUGAGGUUGUUGAGCAAAACCACACUCUAAUUCUUGGAUGGAGUGAUAAAUUGGGUUCAUUGCUCAACCAACUUGCCAUAGCUAAUGAGAGUUUGGGUGGAGGGAUUGUCGUAGUGAUGGCUGAACGGGACAAGGAGGAGAUGGAGCUUGAUAUUGCUAAAAUGGAGUUUGAUUUCAGAGGGACAUCUGUGAUAUGCAGAAGCGGUAGCCCUCUGAUUCUGGCUGACCUUAAAAAAGUAUCUGUAUCCAAGGCCCGUUCAAUUAUUGUCCUUGCUGAAGAUGGAAAUGCUGACCAGAGUGAUGCUCGUGCUUUGAGAACAGUCUUAAGUUUGACAGGAGUAAAGGAAGGGCUAAGAGGGCAUAUUGUGGUGGAACUAAGUGAUCUUGACAACGAGGUUCUUGUUAAACUUGUUGGUGGAGAACUUGUUGAGACUGUUGUAGCUCAUGAUGUUAUUGGGCGCUUAAUGAUUCAAUGUGCACGGCAGCCAGGACUUGCACAGAUAUGGGAAGAUAUCCUUGGCUUUGAAAACUGUGAGUUCUACAUAAAAAGAUGGCCUCAGUUGGAUGGUAUGCAAUUUGAGGAUGUAUUGAUCAGUUUUCCUGAUGCUAUUCCUUGUGGAGUCAAGGUUGCUUCCCAUGGGGGUAAAAUUAUCCUGAAUCCUGAUGACUCAUAUGUUCUACAAGAAGGCGAUGAAGUCCUUGUUAUAGCAGAAGAUGAUGACACCUAUGCUCCAGCCACGUUACCUAUGGUAUGGAGAGGAAAUUUACCCAGAGACUUUAUUGUCCCAAAGUUGACAGAAAAAAUACUUCUUUGUGGUUGGCGACGGGAUAUAGAAGACAUGAUUAUGGUUUUGGAUGCCUUCCUAGCUCCUGGGUCAGAACUCUGGAUGUUCAAUGAGGUUCUUGAAAAUGAGAGGGAAAAGAAGCUUAUUGAUGGUGGUCUGGACCUCACAAGAUUGGUAAAUAUAACACUGGUUAAUCGUGAAGGGAAUGCAGUUAUACGACGUAACCUAGAAAGUCUUCCCUUGGAAUCUUUUGAUUCAAUCCUAAUUCUGGCUGAUGAAUCUGUGGAAGAUUCAGCCAUUCAAGCUGAUUCCAGAUCUCUUGCCACAUUACUAUUGAUUCGUGAUAUUCAGGCCAAGCGUCUUCCGUUUAGAGAAGCUAUGGUAACACGCAGUCACAGAGGAAGUUUCUCACAAGGUUCCUGGAUUGGGGAGAUGCAGCAAGCUUCAGAUAGAUCAGUAAUAAUCAGUGAAAUUCUGGAUCCAAGGACUAAAAAUUUAUUAUCCAUGUCAAAGAUUAGUGAUUAUGUUUUAUCAAAUGAGCUAGUCAGUAUGGCAUUAGCUAUGGUUGCAGAGGAUCGGCAAAUAAAUGAUGUACUGGAAGAGCUCUUUGCAGAAGAGGUCAAGGUUCAAAGAUAGUUGGAAGGACCAAUGUGUAAUAAUUGACAGCAUGACACUAUAGAUGAGGUGUAAGAGUGAUGUUUGCCCAUUUUCUACCGGGUUGGGAAGAAGAUAUGAGUCAAUUUGGUCCAGGCAGAAUUUAAUACCUUACUAAUAUUCAUUAACUGGUUAUCCUUUUGACUGAAGGACUGUUUCUGCCCAAAAAAGUUGGCUGAACUUUGCUUUUCCUAUGUUACAGAUUUGCAGAUGCAGAAAUGCUGUACCCGGAAAGCUUUUUAUCUCUAGUGUUGAUAUAUAACUGAUAAUUGUUAUUUUUGAUGCUCCAAUAGCUUAGAUUAAUUAUUAUCUUUGCUUUUACUUUUCUCAUAUAAUUUAGGGAGUUUCAUUGUUACACAAAGCACUAGUGUAUUUGCAUGUAUUUUUUAAUGUGGUUUAGGUCAUGAAAGAUUGGGAAGAACAAACUUCUGCAUUUGUUUUCAUUAACUUACAGAGACAAGAAUUGGUUUCUCAACCUCUUGACUAAGCUUUGUACUAUUGGCAUGUUCAUCCAAAGGAUUGAAAGAUAAUGAAAAUGAUAUAUAGGUCACUCAGACUAUAUGUUAUGUCUUGUUCUAUGAAGGAUCUAAAACCAUUUAAAGCAGUAUAACAACACUUGAUUAGAAGUCAUUUGCACAAUUCUAUCGCACUUGAAGCAUUAACUUAUACUGUUGACUCUUUGCCAGCCAUUUUGUUUAUUCAGGUUCUUGCUGCUCGUAGAACUUAUCAUUUAUCUUCUCAUUACAAUAACCUUGUUAAUCAUUUAUGAAUUUUUUGGGUUUUAUCAGGGAAAUGAGCUGCAUAUUAGGUAUGCAGAUCUUUACCUUCAUGAAGGUGAAGAAUUGAGUUUCUAUGAAAUAAUUUUACGAGCUCGGCAGAGGCGAGAGAUUGUUAUAGGUUAUCGUUUAGCAAGAGCAGAGAGAGCUGUUAUCAAUCCACCAGCCAAAAGUGAGAGAAGAAGGUGGUCAGUGAAGGAUGUGUUUGUGGUGAUCACAGAGAAGGAAUGAGUUUGUUCCUUUUUAUGCUUCAAGAGGACAUCCUUGACAC